UUGUAUAAAAUUGUGAACAAUUAUAUAAAUUACAAAAAUAAAAAUAUGACAGACAAACGCGCUCUAUUCAAAAAUUGGCUACUGGAAAAAUUAGUCGAGUGGAAGACGGAUGAAUCAGUUUUUGGUAAUUAUAUACUUGGUAUCUUGGAAGGCGAUGAUACGGAUGAGGAAAAAAAAGAUGCAUUAACUGAUUUCUUGAGUGUACUGGUCGAUAAUACCAAUUGUUUAGUUAAAAUGAUAUUCGAAAAAUGGAAAGAAUUAAUGACAGAAGAUAAUGCAACUGACAAACAUCCAGCCUCGUCCUCCAUUGACGUUACCGAUCAACUAACUAAAUUACUGGAAGCACAAAAAAUACAAACCGUUUCCAAGGAACGUCAAUAUACAGAGGAAGAGCGCCAAAUACGUAAACAUAUAUUAACACAAUACUCAGAAACUCCAGUUACUGAUGAUGAAUCUUCUGAUAAGCCUGAAGAAGCUACCAAGAAUAUCACUCCCAAAACUUUAACCGGUGUUGAACGCAAUACUAACCUUCACGAUGUUAUAAAGUUGCAAAAAGAACGUAGAGAGCAAGCACGUCUUGAUAGUGCAGCCAAAAAACGUAAAGACAAAGAAGACCGUGAAAAGCAAAAACAACAACGUGAGGAGAAGAAAGAGAAACGUAAGACAGUAAAAGGCGAACAUCGUCGCUAAUUUCGUUGUUAAACUAUCCGUGUUAAAAAAAUUGACCAUUUAAUAAAAUUAUUUCAUUUUUUUUGCUAAAUAAUAAUUUAUUAUAAUAAUACGAUGGUAACAUGAUAUUUUUCCCGUUUACUCUUUUUCUGUAACUUACCACAAUCAUACAGCGUAUGCCAGCUAAAUGCAUAUUUAAUCGCCUCGUUGCUGCUGAUUUCCUCCGAUACCAGUCAAAAAUUUGAAGUCCAUGAGGAAGCGUAAAAUUGCCUAUUUCUGAUAUAUUCAGUUCUCCACCAUACUGCUUACCGGGAUUCCUGUAGAAAAUAAAAUAUGUGUUUAACUAAAUAAAUUAUACUAAAUAAAAUGUUUCGUGAA